UAAUUUUUAGUUACUCCGUAUGAUUGAUAGUGUUACGCUGUUGUUGUUUGUGAAAUAAUCUUGAAGCCCAGGAACUAAAAAAUUGAGGCCCAAAGCUGAAUGGUUAAACUGUGGGCGUUUGACUCGGCGGUCCAAAGAAGAAGGAAUGGGAGUGGAAGUGGAGAUGGAAAUGGAGAUGGAGGAAUUAGAAAGAAUUCAAAGACGAAUCCUCGAAAGAAUAGCAAAACUUGAGCUCCAACUCUCGUCCUCCGAUGACGCCGCCAGUGACCCCACCGCAGAGCGUCUUUCCGGCAUAUUGCGGUCCAAUGCUGUCACCGAUUUUAAGUUCAAGGUUGUCCCUUCCGAUUAUUAUGAGCGUUCUCUUGAAGCUAGACGAGAUCUCUUAUCUGCGCCAUCCAUUCAUCAUCUUUGUAAAAGCAUUGUUUUGGUGAAUACUCAAGCCCAGUCUGACGUUGUUGAUUGUAGCAACCGGUAUAAUUCAAAGUACUAUGUGGUGGUUGUACAGUACACUGCAAGAUUCAAUGCUGAAACUGUCAAAAACUACCUGUACGCUCUCAAUCAGGGCAAAGUUCCUAAAAAGAAAUUCAAUUUGAGGCUUGCUCCAGAGGAAAUAUCAAACAACUUAACCGGAUUUGAACAUAAUGCUGUUACAUGCAUUGGCAUGAAGACUGACAUACCGGUUAUAUUGGAUGAAGCAAUUGUGAAGCUUUUGCCUGACUUCUUCUGGUUGGGAGGAGGGGAGAUCUACUUAAAGAUGGGGAUCCGUACAUCCGAAUUCAUUCAAUUUGUGAAGCCAUUUAUAUUCAGCUGCAGCACUGCUUGAUUGUUCAAGAUCAAUCAAACAGGCAUUGAUUCAGUGCUACUGUAAUUGUACUGUGGUCUUAUACAAGAUGUUUUGCUUCAGGUGGUUUAUUUUACCAGAGCAAUUUUCAUCUUAUAUUUGAUUUUUAAAAUAGUAUACCAGUCAACAAGUUAUAUGCACUGCAUGAGAAAGUACAGGUUCCUUGGAUUGACUCAUGAGUCAUGAGCAGGACAAUAUUGUUGAGGUCCUUUUUUGGGCUCCAGUUGAAUGGACCAAGAUGUCUCCUGACUAGCUUUGUAAGCGGAUCAAUGUCCCAUGAUGUCUUCUAUAGCUUACAUGAUUUUUAAUAGUCAAAGAUGGCCGGUUACAGGAUUUGUCCCAAACGUUUUUCUUCUUGCCGAACUUGAUAAGUCGGUACUCAUAUGGGUUAGGGUCACCAUCUCUUAUGAACUUGUAUGAUUCAUAUAGAUUAAUGUUUUCAGUAUUUGCUACUCUGUACAAAGCUAGCCCUGCAUACAUGACUUUUUUUAUUUAUUUAUUUAUUUAUUUAUUUUA